AUGUCUGCGGACGACUCUUUUAACAGUGACAGCGACAAUUCAUUACCGGAGCCGAUUAACGAAAUAGAUAGCGGAGAGGAGAAUGAUCAGAGAGAUUGUAUGGGGGUUCGACCUUAUCACUUUGAGCCUCGGAGAGCUGACAGUGUCUCUGGCGUCCGAAACAGCGCGGCUCAAGAUUCCACCCAAGUCAGAGAGGAGGAGGAUCUUUCGUGGUGUACAUGUGGUACAUGUCAACCUAUUGAAGGUCCAGACAACAGGUUUUGCUGUCAAGAAUGUGACAAAACAAAAGCUAAGAUAAAUGAAGGAAAUGAGCUGACCAAGAAAGAUUUUAUUUGCAUAACAUCACAUCCUGGUUUUCAAAGUGUUUGUUUGGAUCCAUGGGUUUUAGAAACAGCAUAUUAUGCUUACAGACAAGAUUGGGGAAGGAUACAGAAACCCCAGCAUCAGUGA